AUGUCUAUGAUUAAUGAAAUGCUUGAUGGAAAGAAGCAAGAGGACCUUGAAUUUGAGAAGAGUUUGAUAACAAGGUCUCUACUGUUGGAUUUUUCUGAGAAAUCAGAGGCGUCUGAUUCUUCUGGGUGUUCCUCUGUUCUAACGUACCAAGAAGGAGAUAGUGAAGGUCGAGAGAAGUUGUUCACAGAUAAUGAUGAUGCAUCCAUUUGGUCUAUUCAAGUCAAUGCAAGGAUUUGCAAGAUCAAUGUGAACUGUGAGACAACAGUGACAAAAUUUACUGGUAAGCUCACACGGUUUGUGUACAAUAGCGAUGAUGAGCUUGAAGGAGAAGAAGAAUGUGGUGAUGGUGAAUCAGAAUCGACUGUUUCAAUGGGUAUAUUGCGCUUGAAGGGCUUGCCAACACCUGAAGGGAAGCACCUGCGUUUCCCGGAGGACUUGGAAGAAGAUUGA